AUGAAAGCAUUAAUACAGCGUGUUAUGAAUGCUAAAGUCACUGUUAACGGUGAGGUUAUAAGUAGUAUUGAACAAGGUAUUUGUGUAUUUAUUGGUAUAUGUGCCAAUGACACUAAAAAGGACAUGGAAUACAUUGUUCGCAAAAUAUUAAAUAUAAAGUUGUUUGAUGAUGAAUCUAAUAAGAGAUGGAAGAAAAGUAUUGUUGAUAAACAAUUAGAAGUAUUAUGUGUCAGCCAGUUUACUUUGUACAAUACUUGGAAGGGCAAUAAACCUGAUUUCCACCAUGCAAUGCCUGGAGAUAAAUCAAAAGAAUUUUAUGAAAAUUUUCUUCAAUUAUUGAAAGAUUCUUACUUACCAGAAAAAAUCAAAGAUGGUCAAUUUGCAGCCUAUAUGCAGGUGAGUAUUCAAAACGACGGGCCUGUCACAUUUGAGAUAGAAUCUCCAGCGGAUUUACCCAGUAAAGAAAGAACGCGCAACAACGAGUCUCAAACCAUCAGAAAGAGUGCAAUAAACUAA